AUGGAGGGGGCGAGUGAGGAGAAGCUGGCAUCUGUGUCCAGUCUGGUGACUGUGUUUGAGAAUAGCAGGUACGGGGAAGCGGAGCCCAGGGUCCACAAGCCGGGGACUAGGCUUCACCAACCUGGGUGCAAGCCUCCCGCACCCCCAGGAUCACAGGAGACUCCCACCAUCGGGAACACCCUGCCAUCGGGGUCCAGGACAGUAAGCAGGAGGUACCUGAGCUCCCUGAAGUGCAGACUGUCUGGCGGCGAGGACUGGAGGAAGCCUUCCCAGCCUGGGACCGGCCCUGAACCCAGGGCACAGGAGCCUGAGAAGAGGAUCGUCCAGGAGCUGCUGGAGACUGAGCAAGCCUAUGUAGCACGCCUCCACCUGCUGGACCAGGUGUUCUUCCAGGAGCUGCUGAAGGAGGCCCGCAGCACCAAGGCCUUCCCCGAGGAUGUGGUCAAGCUCAUCUUCUCCAACAUCUCCUCCAUCUACCAGUUCCACGCACAGUUCUUCCUUCCAGAGCUGCAGAGGCGACUGGAUGACUGGACCGCCACUCCCCGCAUUGGUGACGUAAUUCAGAAAUUGGCGCCCUUCCUGAAGAUGUACAGUGAGUAUGUCAAGAACUUUGAGCGAGCUGCCGAGGUGCUGGCCACCUGGACUGACAAGUCUCCACCCUUCCAGGAGAUUAUUACUCGCAUUCAGAACAGCGAGGCCUCGGGCAGCCUGACCCUGCAGCACCACAUGCUGGAGCCUGUGCAGAGAAUCCCACGCUAUGAACUGCUGCUCAAGGACUAUGUCCAGAAGCUGCCAGCCCAGGCUCCGGACCGAGCUGAUGCCCAGAAAGCCCUUGACAUGAUCUUCUCAGCUGCGCAACACUCCAAUGCAGCCAUUACCGAGAUGGAGCGGCUGCAAGACCUGUGGGAGGUGUACCAGCGCCUGGGCCUUGAGGACGACAUUGUAGACCCCUCCAACACCCUGCUGCGUGAGGGUCCCGUCCUCAAGAUUUCCUUCCGUCGCAGUGACCCUAUCGAGCGCUACCUUUUCUUGUUCAACAACAUGCUGCUGUACUGUGUACCCAGGGUCAUCCAGGUGGGCGCCCACUUCCAGGUGAGGACCCGCAUCGACGUGGCUGGGAUGAAGGUUCGAGAGCUGAGUGAUGCUGAGUUCCCCCACUCCUUCCUGGUGUCCGGGAAGCAGCGCACCCUGGAGCUGCAAGCUCGGUCCCAGGAGGAAAUGACAUCCUGGAUACAGGCCUGCCAAGCAGCCAUUGACCAAGUCGAGAAGCGGAAUGAAACGUUCAAGGUUGCCAGCCAGGGCCCUGAGGGAGACAUCCAGGAUGAGGAGCUGCAGUCGGAGGAGCUGGGCCUCCGGGCACCUCAGUGGAUCCGGGACAAGAUGGUGACCAUGUGCAUGCGCUGCCAGGACCCCUUCAACCCCCUGACGCGCCGGCGCCAUCACUGCCGGGCUUGCGGCUACGUGGUGUGUGCCAGGUGCUCCGACUACCGGGCUGAGCUCAAAUACGAUGACAACAGGCCCAACCGAGUCUGCUUCAACUGCUACACCUUCCUCACCGGAAAUGUGAUCCCGGAGGACAAGGAGGACAAGAAGCGGGGCAUCCUGGAGAAGGGGUCCGCGGCAGGGUCCGAGAAGAGCCUCAUGUGCAGCUUCCUGCAGCUGGUUGGGGACAAGUGGGGCAAGAGCGGCCCCAGGGGCUGGUGUGUGAUCCCCCGGGACGACCCCCUCGUGCUCUAUAUCUAUGGUGCCCCUCAGGACAUGCGGGCUCACACCUCCAUCCCCCUGCUGGGGUACCAGGUGAUCACUGGGUCCCAGGCUGACCCCCGGGUCUUCCAGCUACAACAGUCAGGCCAGCUCUACACCUUCAAGGCAGAAACCGAGGAGCUGAGAGGCCGCUGGGUGAAGGCCAUGGAGCGGGCAGCCAGCGGCUGGAGCCCCGGGGAGCCCAACAGCGGGGACCUGUCUGACUGAGCCACAAAUGGUCACUAUCUCCUCUGAGCCUGGCUCCUGCCAUGGAUUGACCCUGUGGCCUCUGCCACCUACCACCCCAAGCUGAGCUUUCAAAUAACUGAUGUCCAGUCAUCUGUGCCCAGACCCUGUGUCCUGAUUUGGUUUUCAGAAAAUAUGUUCUUUUGGAGAAGGGGUGAUCAAGCAUCCUGGUAUGCCCAGACAAGUGGGGUUCCUGGAACCAGAGAUUUCCAGUGCAAAAACUAGGAAAGUCCCAGGUAACCAGCCUGAACUGUACAUCAGUAUCACCUGGGAAGCUUUCAAAAAUGCCAGUGAAAAGA